AAAAUGGCGACUGUGCAAGAUGGACCCACCGAUCCGGAGAGCGAGAAAGAAACCAAACCCGACAUUCUGAGCGAUGGGUCAGCAAAUCUCCCUGGGUUAACAAGCGGGGCACUUUCCACGUCGCCAGUUACAGCCCCGUCGACAGGAACGUCGAAACCCGAAGACCAGCAAACUUUACUCGCCGUGCUACAGUUUCUCAAGAGGAAUAACCUCACGGAGUCGGUCGACAUCCUUCGCCGUGAGGCGGGUUUAUCGGAUGAGGCCGACGACACGCAGGGAGCCGAAGCCGGCGGAGGUGGACUGGGCACAGGGGCGAGUGUCGGAGCUGAGAGCGGAGAUGCAAACUCUCUGCUCAGUCGUGUGUCCAUUGGUACAGGCGCCUCCCAGAACACCGUGGCUUCUACGCCUGCUAAAGGUGGCGAGGACCAGCCAGAUGUCAGCGUUGUCCUUUCUGCGUACAGCCAGCAGGGGGACCCUUCUUUGUAUCAAGUGUACUACAGCGGAUUGAAAAAGUUUAUUGAGUCGGUGCUCGACUGUCAUAGGGCCGAACUUUCGCAGGUGUUCUAUCCACUCUUCGUUCACAUGUACCUGGAACUAGUCUACAACAACUACGAAAAUGAAGCAAAAGCUUUCUUCGAAAAGUUCAGCGGGGACCAGGAGUGUUACUACCAGGAUGACCUGCGUGUGCUCUCGGGCCUGACCAAGAAGGAACACAUGAAGGGCAACGAGACGCUGCUGGACUUCCGCACAAGCCGGUUCGUGCUGCGCAUCUCGCGUGACUCCUAUCAGCUGCUCAAGAGGCACCUGCAAGAGCGUCAGAAUAACCAGAUCUGGAACAUCAUCCAGGAGCACCUGUACAUCGACAUCUUCGACGGCAUGCCGCGCAGCAAGAGCCAGAUAGACAGUAUGUCUGGGAGUCUGGCGGGGGAAGCCCGGCGAGAUGCCAACAAAACCAAGGUGUUCUACGGGCUGCUGAAGGAGCCGGAGAUCGAGGUGCCCCUGGAUGACGAGGACGAGGAGGCAGAAAACGAGGAGGGCAAGCCCAAGAAGAAGAAGCCAAAGAAGGACAGCAUGGGCUCGAAAAGCAAGAAGCAAGACCCCAACGCCCCACAGCAAAACAGGAUUCCCCUUCCAGAACUGAAGGACUCGGAUAAACUAGAUAAAAUCAUGUACAUGAAAGAGACCACCAAGAGACUCAGGCUCAGCCCGGAGACCCUGCCCUCGAUAUGCUUCUAUACUUUCCUCAACGCUUAUCAGGGCCUGACGGCAGUGGACUUCACCGACGACUCCAGCCUGAUAGCUGGAGGCUUUGCCGAUUCCACGGUGCGCGUGUGGAGUGUCACGCCCAAGAAAUUGCGCAAAGUCAAAUCAGCAGCAGACCUCAGCCUGAUAGACAAGGAGUCCGACGACGUGUUGGAGAGAAUCAUGGACGAGAAGACGGCCAGUGAGCUUAAGAUCAUGUACGGCCACAGUGGGCCGGUGUACGGCAUCAGCUUCAGCCCAGACAGGAACUACCUGCUGUCCAGCUCUGAAGACGGCACGGUCAGGUUGUGGAGCCUACAGACAUUCACCUGCCUAGUCGCGUAUAAGGGACACAACUACCCAGUGUGGGAUACCCAGUUCUCCCCAUAUGGAUAUUACUUUGUGUCUGGAGGGCAUGACAGAGUAGCACGCCUGUGGGCGACUGACCACUACCAGCCACUGCGCGUGUUUGCCGGACACCUUGCCGACGUCACCUGCACCCGAUUCCACCCCAACUCCAACUACAUGGCCACGGGUUCAGCAGACCGAACCGUCCGUCUCUGGGAUGCCCUAAAUGGGCAGUGCACCCGUAUUUUCACCGGCCACAAGGGACCCAUCCACUCCCUGGCGUUCUCACCCAAUGGCAAGUACCUGGCAUCUGGCUCGACGGACGGCAGGGUUCUGCUGUGGGACAUUGGUCACGGCCUUAUGAUCGGAGAAUUGAAGGGACAUACGGACACAGUCUACGCGCUGAAGUUCAGCCGAGAUGGCGAGAUCCUUGCAUCAGGCUCCAUGGACAACACCGUGCGGUUGUGGGACGCCAUCAGAGCAUUUGACGACGUGGAAACGGACGAUUUCACAGCUGCCACUGGUCACAUACACUUGUCUGACAACUCGCAGGAGUUGCUGCUGGGAACAUAUCUCACCAAGUCUGCACCAGUCAUUCACGUCCACUUCACCAGACGCAACUUGCUCCUGGCUGCCGGCGCAUAUAACCCACAGUGACGGCCCUAACAUAACUCACACAGUUCAGUAGUGCAGACGCAUUGAUCUUCAAGUCACUACGUCCCAGCAAUGCCACAUGCGUAUGAUGUAUAAUUCAAAUGUUUUGCUCAACCAUACCUCUUAACGGGACAUUCGAAUGAGACUGUGAGACCUUGAUUAGGUUGUCAAUCACAUAUUUCCAUUAGUGAGUCAUAUUGAGUUGUACUGCACACAGAACAGAUAUCAAGUCAUGCACUUCAGCCUCCAAGUAACUAUUUUUUGAAUACUGUCCUCAUCGCACUGACUCUAGGAGUAGCUGUACAUAUGCAAGUGUGAACCUCAGUCCUUAAGCUGCAAGUUUUGUUUCUGUUUACACAUCACUGCCACCCACUGCUUGGGUUUGUGCCCCAGCCUAUCAAUCUGUACAGUCUUUUAUAAUGGAGCCCAAUGUGUAAAUAAAACGUUUUCUAAA